CCGUUUUUGAACCAAGAUAAAACCAAACAUCAGGGAUGCGCUGUUAGCAAAAUUAUCAUCAUCUGACUUUGCAAAGGUAAAAUGGAAAGUACAUCUGUAGCUUUGAAUAUAGAACUUCAGACCUUCCCAGGUUAUGAUGCCAUAUGUCUUUUAAAGAGGGACUUUCACACUAAGACAUUGUCUGAUGCAAACAGUUUUGCCACUUUUCUCCUGCUGUAACUAUCAAAUAUUUUUUUAAAGAGAUGCUUCUUUUCCUCACAACUUGGCUGCUUCUGUCUAAAAACAUUCUUUCUUCAUUGUGGGAUCAAGUUCAAGAGGAGGAAGCUGACAGGAAACUAUGUUGUUCUUUGUAAUCAUGAUGGGAGAUAGGAGUAAGGAGAAGACAUUUUUGUUAAAGGAUAGAGGAGAAUUCUUAGACUUCUUUCCACCUUGUUCCAAAUUGACCUAUAUUUCUGAAAUGCUUCUUGUGGUAUGGGUCAGAGCAGUCUCCUGGUCCAGACUACAGGGAGCUCUAACUUCUUGCUUACACAUCUGGAAGUGUAAAAAUCCUUGUCUAGUACAGGAUCAAUCCCUUAUGCUUGUGUAUGGGAGACUAUCAUCUGUAUUAUGCUCCACCUAUUUUCAUGUCUGUUUCCCAUUACCUUGUAUUUCUCAGCAUUGCAUAAAGUCACGUUUGGGUCUCUGAUCCUGCGUGUUCUAGGCACGUUAAUAUUACUCUAGAAGAGGGACUAGCCAUCUUUGGGUGGGAACUAAUAAUAGACUCAUGGAAAAGUACAUGAACCUAUCAACACUGUAAUGUUCUUUGCUACUGCAAGUGAAAGCCACGGGUCAGUUGAUUAGGUGAGACUUUAUUCCCCACAUACAUCUGCCUACUUUGAUACCACGAAACAGUUAUCUGUGCCAACCAAAAGGGUUUCAACCAAAGUUCUUGCCAAAGAUGUGUUGGUGGAGAUAUUGUGGGAUUUGUUAGGGAUAAGUGUAUUUAGGGUUAUUUAGGUUAUUGAAUCAAAUCAUGUGACUGAAUUUUUAAAGGGCAGGUUAACGUUAUGUCCAUUAGUAAUAGCUGUAGCUCAGAUCUCAUCUUCAAGACUCAUUCCCCUCUUCCCGUACUGUGUUGUAUUUAGAGAUGGAUUGGAUGUUUAUAUGGAUAGCAGGAAUAUUGGCUGUAAUAGACUAUGCUGCCCCCUAAAGGUGUUGGAAUGGGUAUAAAAUCUCAUGUUUAGGUCUUAAGACAAUCUCUACCUAUUAGGGGUUGAGAUGAGAUUUUCAUGUAGUCUGAUUAUCCCACAUCUGUCUGCUAUGGAGUUCUGACCUUCCUCUGAAGCAUUUGGUGCUGGCCGCUGCUAAGGACAGGAUAUUGGACUAGAUGGGCUGACCACAGGUCUGAACCAUUAUGGAAAUUCAUACGUUCUGUGAUUGGUGAAUUGAGUUUUCUCCUUUCUCUGAAGCAUAAGCUAUUGGCAACUGCAGGCUGCAAGGCCAGAUGGAGCUAUGGUCUGAUCUGGUGUGGCAAACUUUUCUUGUGUGCAGUAGACCUUUUACUUCAUUCACUCUAGGGCAACAUUGACCCAGAAGGCUUCAGGAAACUUGAAACUGGUUUCACCCAAAUGAGAAUAGAAUGAGCAAGGGAGACUCAAACCCAGCAGCAGUUCCACAUGCAGCUGAAGAUACUCAAGGAGAUGACAGGUGGAUGUCACAGCACAACAGAUUUGUCUUGGACUGCAAGGACAAGGAGCCCGACGUGCUGUUUGUGGGUGAUUCCAUGGUGCAGUUGCUACAGCAGUAUGAGAUAUGGCGAGAGCUUUUUUCACCCCUUCAUGCACUGAAUUUUGGGAUCGGUGGGGACACAACAGCUCAUGUUCUGUGGAGAUUGAAGAAUGGUGAAUUGGAGAACAUUAAACCCAAGGUCAUUGUCGUCUGGGUUGGAACAAAUAACCAUGAAAAUACAGCGGAGGAGGUAGCAGGUGGAAUCGAGGCCAUCGUGCGGCUGAUAAAUACCCGACAGCCACAGGCCAAAGUUAUUGUAUUGAGCUUGCUACCUCGAGGUGAGAAGCCAAACCCUUUGCGGCAGAAGAAUGCCAAGGUGAACCAGCUGCUAAAAGCCUCGCUCCCAAAACUCGCCAGCGUUCAGCUUCUGGACGUCAGUGGGGGCUUUGUGCACUCGGAUGGCGCCAUCUCGUGCCAUGACAUGUUUGAUUUUCUGCACCUGACGGGAGGGGGCUAUGCAAAGAUCUGCAAAGCCCUCCAUGAACUGAUCAUGCAGCUACUGGAGGAGACCCCUGAGGAGAAGCAAGCUGCUCUGGCCUGAUCAGCUAAUAUCAGUGUUCAACAUCAUCCCAGCCCCAUCAGAUCAGUUCUAUCACUGGCACUACAGAAUCCUUCUUUCUUAAAGCACUUUCCAUUGUAGAAUGUUACUGGAUGUUCGUGACUAGUGUUUUGAGGGGGAGGGCUAACGUCAAACUGGUCUUGUACAUAGAAGGGCAGGGCUAACUGGUUUUACUGCAGGAAGAAAUUAGCUCAAGAAGAUUUUUACUUUUAAACCAUUCCUCAUUUAAAAUGAGAACAAGACUGUCAUCUCUGUGCCCCUCUCAUGCAUUAUUGCUCUAUGGUGCCCCUACAUCCCUAUCAGCCUGACUCUAAUAACCCAUAUGCAGCUCUCGGUUUAGCUUUUCCCUUCCCUGGGGAUUAUACUUUGCAUUAGCUUGGGAACCAGAAUCGCAUUCCACUCACUAGAAACAAAACAGCUGCAUUUUUUCAAAACCCGUUCCCACCUUUAGAAGUUUUAUUUACUAAGGGUUUUUUUUUAAGAGACACUUGUUGCUUUCUGGCUUUGUUUUUGAAGCAGCACGAGACUAAAUGUAACUGGAAUUCAGAAAUGUAAAAAACCAAAGUAUUAGUUGAGCUGAACUCAUUUAACACUCCCAAAAUAUUGUUUUGUUUUACAAAGUCUGUUAGCUGUGACAAACUUCGUUCCGUUGUUGCUUGGACUGUGUGCCGUUUCUUUUGGGUGCUGUUGAUUAUCAUGUCUCCUAUAGAACCUGUUCUUUGUUUUGGUGUGUGUACAGUAUUGGAAGCUUUUAACAGUUCUUUGCUUUAGGAGCUUAGUUUUCCAGCAAACGUGAAACACAAGCCCAUCAGAAACGUAGAACUGACAUUUCAUCCCACUACGAGGGCUGUGCUACAGGAUUCUGUGCAGUGCUGUUCAUGUUCAUAGUUCCAAUUUUUUUAAAAUAUGACUGUUACGUCUGUUUUUUUAAUCCAUACUCAGGCCCUCUUUGCAAGGCCUGAACCAGUCUAAUGCUUUACGAAUUCUAAGGUGUAUAUUUCUUUAUUUCUUCUUCUGUUUUACUUGUACAAACAUUUUAUUCAGGCAAAUAAGGCCUUUGACAGUAAAGAAUUGAGUCAGUCUGUAGCUUUUUCCUCUCCUGGACACUGCCCCUUUCCCUUCCAGCAAAGGAAGUUAGUGCGGAGAGUGGACUGUUCACAGGGACUCUCUGUCUCACUAGAGCUUCUUAUACGAGAGCUAAUUAUAAUCUGUGUAAUGACUAUAUAAAAUUGUCAUUCAUUUAAAGGUGAACAGGAAAAAAAAUUCUUACCAAUAAGAAAUGCAGAGCCUUGCUACUUAAAAAUAAAAAUACUUUAACAAAGUUUAUUCUUCCUUGGCUUACCUACCACAAUUGGAGUUCAGCGGUGGUGGUAUCCCUCAUAAUGGUUCACAGCAUCACACACUAAAAUACAACAGCCAAUGCAGGCCUCUGCUCUGGUUGAAGUGUUCAUGAGGUCUGCAACCUUCAACUGUCAUGCUACUUUUUGGCAGGCAAAUGAAAGAGGAACCGAUUUUUGUUUUACAUUUUUGUUAAACAGGAGAUCUACCUAGAUUGCUUUUUCCACCCCACUACAAAAAGAAGUACGUAUGUAGUGUAUAUAGCCUGUUUGCCCUUUUAUUCUAGUAAAAGGUUCUGUUUAAGGCAGGCUUUAAUCUAGCAUUAAGGAAUACGUUUAUGUCCCCGUCACGCUUCUGCUGCUGCUGUAGAAUUUGUCAUAGCAGGAUUUCUGCCUGGAUUGCAUGCAUAGCACGCGUGUGCGUCUCCGGUAUAUGUGAUCCACACAGAGAUGUGGAGGAAAGCUGAAGAAUCCCAUUUCCCAAAAAUAAAGGUUCAAGUCUGAUAGUGUUCAGUGGGAAAGUAAUAGUUCUGGUCUUGUCUCCCCAGGCCAGCGCGAGUUGGGGGAGUGCUCCAGGGCCCUGUCAACCUGUUUGUUAGUAGCACCACUUCCUUCCCCUCCAACAGCUUGAAACAUUAACUGUGGAAACAUCCUUCAGCUCUGCUUAAAGAAUGGAGGCCUCAGCACAGGAACUUGAGGGUGUGGAGGAGAGAGAGCAAGCAGAUUUUAAAACAAAGGUUGGUAAGAGAAGAUUUGGCAGGGUGGUAUGGGCCCACCUGUAGCAAGAGUAUGGGGAUGAAACAGGACUUCGGUCUCUGCUAGUUUUUGAGGGUUGUAGGCUUUGCUUGAAAGGUACCAUGUUUGUUUGACCCAUGGACUAAAUGUCUCUCCGUGGUGUUGCCACACUGGUAAGACAGCUACUUGCUGGCAAUCCAGUUAUUUUGAUAGAAAGCUCUAACUUUUUGUAACAGUGCAGUGUGUUUACAGCUGAGGCCAUCUUCAGCUGUGAGCUAGAGCCCCUUGCUUAGAUGCUGAUUGCAGUGGUAUGGGUCUGGCCUGUUGAAUACACAUCUGUUGGGCUGAGGUAGAGUAGCUCAGGUGGUUCUCCAUGCUCAAGGUUGUCUUGCUGAGGUGCCAUGUUGCUUAUGCAUGAGUCAGCGUUCACCGCCUUUCAUCUCUAGUCUGCAUUGUGUCUUUCCCAGCUGCAUUAACCAUGUCUGUGUGGCCAUGGCAGCGGCUGCUGUGGACAGGAAGGGCAGCUUCUAUCUGGGACAUUGAAGCUACUGUCCUGUUGCCACCAUCUAGCAGUGAUCAGGCCAUAUCCCAGUGUAACCACAUAUCCGUUGGAGAGGGCAAGGAGGAAAUUUUUUUUUCUCAUUGUACCAAAAUUAGAGCCUGGUCCUGAGAAGUGCUGAGUAUUUGCAGUUUCAACAGGAGGGUGCUUGCCAUCUCUGGGGAUCAGGCCCAGCACACCCCAGUCUGGGUGUCUUUGUAGCCUUUAUGACUUCUUCCAUUGUAACUGGCUGAUUGUGAAAGAACUGACCCUUCUGAACUUUUAAUUUUUUAAACUAAUCUAGUUACCGUUUACAGUUGUAUGCUGAAGCCUGGAAUCUUGUUUGUGCUGUGGUGUAUGAGCAUUGCCAAUUUGAUAUUUAUUGCAGUGAAGAAAAUGCAAAGGAAAAGGUGUGAAAGGAAGGAGAGAGUCCUUGUCUCUGAACUCGUAUGUGGGUGCAAGCAAGGGGACUCCAGGUGCAGGCUGGGGGACCUCAAAGGCUGGAGCUUGCACAGUAUGUAAAAUCCAAUUACAGCCCUGCUUCAUGGGGACCUUCCUUGGGGAGCUGACUGAACCUUCCCCAGGAAACGCUGUGAUUCUGCUUUGGCAAAAUUGCAUUGACUGGUAGAACUCACUAUAUGUUUACUGCCUAUUUCAAUAUAAAUGUAAAUGUUUCACCCCAA